AUGGGCAAUCAACAGUCCUCCGAAGACAAGAAGAGCUCGAGCUCUAGGUCUGGGACACCCCAGGCCGAGAAAGACCGCAAGAUAAAUCGCCGGAUCUCGAUUCAAGCCCUUUCUCAAGGUCGCGGCGCUCCUGUCGAUGCUGCUGCGACCAAGGACACCGCUGUUGCCCAGACCACCUCCCAUAAUCUCGAGAAGCCACAACUGCAACAAUAUUUGCAGGCUGCUUCUCCGGAAAGUGCCAAGGCCGGACGGGUAGAGCGGUCAUCCUCGAGGAAGUCAAAGGAAAAGAAGAAUGAGUUGGAGCAUCGACCCAAACCGCAACCUCCCACUCAACAACCACUUGCUGUGCCUCAGCCUGCCACUCCCCUGGAUGUUCCCAUAUCGAAGAGCAAGCAGGACGAGGAUCGUUUCGACGAGCGACCUAUUGCGCACAGUCAACCCUACGACGACCGACGAUAUGCUCCUGUUGCCCAACUCCGACCGCCUCGUCUUCCUCUCCCGAUCGCCGAUGUACCUAUACCCGACUCGCCUACGCUGAUGCCAGUAGACAAAAGUAGUGAUGCCGAUGUGCCUCUCUUUGAGACCGAUGGCCCCCUCGCUAUUGCAGAGCCGCACACAAGACGAAGAAGUUCCAUGUUGAGCACCAACACGCAGUCCGAGGACGAGGUCGGUGACGAACUGCAGCCUUAUGCAGUCCAAUCGACGACCCAGACUACGCCUACGGUCAUCGAAUGGAAUCAAGGCGGCAACAAGGUCUACGUGACAGGUACUUUUGCCAACUGGGAAAAGAAAUAUAGACUACAUCCGAGAAAGAAUGGUCCCGGCAUGUUUACCACCAUCAACCUUCCUUCUGGAACCCACCAUCUUAAGUUUGUGGUGGACGGCGAGAUGGUCACCAGCUCAGAGCUGCCGACCGCCGUGGACUUCAACAAUUUCCUCGUCAACUACAUCGAGAUCGCGACCGAGGACAUCUCCAAGCCACGUCGCGAGAGCGCUCAACCGGGGACCAAGUCAACGGUUCUUCUUGCGCCCGAGGAACAAAGUGAACAAGCCACCUCCGGGCAGCAAACGCCCGAAGACUCCGACUUCUCUGAGCUUCAGCUCGAAGAGAUCCCAGCAGGUGACUGGCGUCAACUCAUUCCGCCUUACUUGAUCGACAUCGACUUGGACGAAGAAGAACCAAAGUACAAGGCGGCAUCUGCGUGUAUCUCGGAGUUCGGCCAUCCCCCAGCUCUGCCACUGUUUCUGAGCCGGUCGAUUCUGAACGGUAUCUUGCCUGUCAAGGACGAUAAUAGCGUCUUGACAUUGCCGAAUCAUACUGUUCUAAAUCACCUUAUGACGAGCAGCGUGAAGAACGGGGUGCUUGCGACGAGUGUUACUACGAGGUACAAGAAGAAGGUGGGUUCAGGUUUCCUUGAGAGUUCUUGA